UUCCAGGAUGUGAUGUAGUCUCCACUUCCUGUACAGGCGCGAGCCGUCGAGCAAACAUGGCUGCCUCCGGUUGCAGAGGCGUGAGGUCGAUUCUAUGGCAGUAUGGGAGCUGCGGGAAGAAUGUCUGCGUGUCCCGGUCAAAGACGCUUCCGCAGACGCCGUUCAGGGACAUUUGUGUGUCGUCCUCUUUAUGGAAGAAGAAAGUGGCAGCGGGAGGCUCUCAGAAAUUCACUCAGGAGUUUAUCGACAAACAGGUUCAGGAGUUUGAAAUUGGCAAACGACAUUUGGCCAACAUGAUGGGGGAAGACCCAGAAACAUUCACACAACAGGAUAUCGAUAGGAGUAUUGCAUAUCUCUUCCCCUCUGGACUUUUUGAGAAACGAGCAAGACCUGUUAUGAAGCAUCCAGAUGAAAUAUUCCCAAAGCAGACAGCUAUCCAGUGGGAUGCAAAAGGACGCCCUUUUCACUUUCUGUUCUACACAGGGAAACAGUCCUACUAUUCCCUUUUGCACGACAUCUACGAGAAGAUUCUGAAGAUCGAAAGACACCAGGACAAGAUGAGAAACAAAGGCCUCUUCGUGUCGGACACCAAACAAAUACCGCUGAGCGGGAGCAGGUGGAUGGUAAAAGAGGAAAUUGAGGAGUGCCUGGUGGAGAACGUUUCAGAUCACGAUUACCAGCGCUUGAUCCAGCUGAUGGAGAGGUUGCUGUCUAUGCCCUACUGCUCUCUGGAGGAGGAGUUCAUACUGAAGUUCCGCAAGCAGCUGGAGGUCCAGUCCAGUAAACACGAGAUCCCCGCCCUGCAGUACGACCCACAGGGAGCCGCUUUCAGCACCGCGGACGGCAGAAGGAAGACGGCCAAAGCCAGCGUCGCCCUCAGAGACGGCGGCUCUGGGAACAUCACAAUCAACGGCAGGAACUACCUCCACUACUUCCCCUUGCUACAAGACAGGGAGCAGCUGAUGUUUCCUCUGCACUUCUUGGGCAUGCUGGGUAGGUUUGAUAUGGAGGGCAGUGUGGAGGGCAGCGGUCACUCCGCUCAGGCUGGAGCUCUGCGAUUGGCCAUCUCCCGCGCGCUGCUCAGCUUUGUGUCUGAGGGAGAAGUGGAGAAGAUGAGGCAAGCUGGCCUGCUGACCGCUGACCCCCGGAUCAGAGAGAGGAAGAAACCAGGGCAGGAAGGAGCACGGAAGAAGUUCACUUGGAAAAAGCGCUGAACAGGAAAGGAUCGAUACAGCACAGGGACUCUGAGAGAGGACCCAACUUCUCUCUCUCUCUCACUGGAUUAUUGUGUUAUUCUGUAGACGGCCAUACCUUGCUGAUCACAAACAUAAACCAGCCCUACUUCACCUGCAUCAGUUAAAAUACAGACACCUGGGAAAUGAAAUGAGAUCUUUCGUUUUCGAGAUUUAACUGUGUAUAUUAAAGCUGUGUUGAAAACGUUAAUAUAAACAUCUUUCAAUAAACAUUGUUUUCAUAA